GUCUGUUUUGGUAGGUAGGUAGUUAUCAAUCUUGUUGCGUUUUUUGUGUAUUGUGUGAUUUCUAUUUCAUGAUAGAAAUCUUUGGGAAUUCCGUUCACUCUCUCAUUCUCACACAUAUUUUAUAUUCUUUCUUUAACGUUUCAACCACAAUAAAUGUUGUUUUCAAUAGUAUGUAAUUUGUAAAUAAUGAGCACUCCUAAUAACAAACGUCGGGGCGAUAUGGAAGAAAAUAAGCCAAAGAGAGUGAAAACUGAAUGUAGUUACAGUGAGAAAUGCUAUAGAUUGAAUCCCGCGCAUUUCCGCGAGUUCAGCCAUCCCCAUUUGGAAUCAAUACUUGACAACUACGGUGGUACUGGAGAUUUUCCCAUUCCAGACAAGUUCAAACACCAAAGGCAUAUGCUCACUGAUCAACUGAAGGUCAUCAUUGAAAAAAAUCUUUACGAACCUAUAAAAAGCAAUAGCAAUAAUUCAAGUGAUGGAAAUAAGCCUAAACUGACAAAUUCAGAAAAUAAGCCAAAUGUUGCAUCAUCUAGUUGUCAUGGUUCUAUUAAGGAAGAAAACAAUGGAGGGAAUAAUACAAAAGUUGAAACUAUGGGAAGAAGCAAGUCUCCUAUGGAUACCGGAAAACAGAAUAUAAAAUCUAUUUCUGACUAUCAGCCAAUUGUAGAGCCCGCUAGGCGGCCGGAAAGUUUCCUGAAGGUGGUGCUGCCAAAAGGGAAUAUGCUGGCAAAGCACGCCGCUAGCGCCCCCUACCACAUAUUCUAUACAACAAUAUCGGAUGAGAGUAGAACACAUAGUCAGCCUUAUUCUAUUACCUUUUUAGAAAUCCUAGACCGCAGCCUAGGAGAACUUAAGUGCUCGCUGCAAAUAAAUUUCAUGGUCGAAAUAGGCUGGUUGUUAGCACAAUACUAUUUUGCCGGGUAUAGCAAUAAGAAGCUCACAAUUUUAUAUGGGGAAGAGAUGGAUGAUCUCAAGACUAUAAACAAGAAAAAGCCUCAUGUUGAUGCUCAUUAUAUAUCUAUGCCUACUCCAUUCGGGAAGCAUCAUACCAAAAUGAUGAUACUUUGUUAUGAAGAUGGGUCUCUAAGAGUCGUGGUUUCCACUGCUAAUCUGUAUUUAGAUGAUUGGGAGAAUAGAACACAAGGGCUAUGGUUAAGCCCAAACUGCCCUGAACUGCCGGCGGAUGCUAUGCCGUGUGAAGGGGACUCUCCCACAGGCUUCAAAAAGGCACUGCUACGGUACCUUAAUCACUAUCACCUGCCACAACUCGCCUAUUACAUUGACCGGGUAAAGCGAUGCGAUUUUAGCAGUAUCAAUGUUUUCUUGAUCGCUUCAGCUCCUGGGUCUCACUUUGACCUAGACUGGGGCAUGACCAAAGUGGGAGCUUUGUUACGACAACACUGUUGCAUACCACCGGAAGAUAACAAGAAAUGGCCGCUGAUAGCUCAAGCUAGCAGUAUCGGUAGCUACGGGAAGGACCCCAAAUUAUGGCUGACGGGAGAUUUCCUUCAUCAUUUCACGAAAAUUAAAAACCAGUCGCAGAUGCUUUCGACGCCACCGGAACUGAAGCUCAUUUAUCCUUCUCUGGAUAACGUCCGUGGAUCCCACGACGGUUUGCUCGGCGGCGGUUGCUUGCCGUACGCUGCGGACGCGCAUGCUAAGCAAACCUGGCUAGUACAAUAUCUAUACCAAUGGAGAGCUGUGAGUAGUCAUAGAAACCGAGCAAUGCCUCACAUAAAGUCGUACACACGGACCUCCCCCGAUAACAAAAUGGCGGCCUAUUACCUCCUGACGUCAGGCAACGUCAGCAAAGCGGCCUGGGGGUCCAUAAACAAGGGAAACUCAGCGCUGAGACUCAUGAGUUAUGAAGCCGGAGUGCUAUUUCUGCCAAGAUUUGUUAUAAACGAAGACUUGUUUCCACUGGACCUGGAUUCAGACAAUCCAUUAGUAAUUCCCUACGACAUUCCGCCCACUAAGUACACGGCAGAUAUGAGUCCUUGGGUUUCAGACUACCUACGAUAGUUUUGAAUCAACAUCAAUCAAAAGUUAAAAAAUUACAAAAAUAAAAUAAAUUACAAAAAUAUUAAGAAACUUUUAGUUUAUGAAUAAAUGAUUUUUAAUUUUUUUAUCUGUUUCUGUAAAAUAAAACACUGGCAACCUGAUAGCUAACAUCAUAAACCUUGUUCCACAAA